AUGGCGAAGAUUGAAUCGUUAGACGGCCAAAAGUUCGACUAUAUCGUAGUUGGUGGUGGUACUUCCGGGUGUCUUGUCGCGUCGAAAAUAGCAUCAGAGCUACCGGACUGUACCGUCUUGAUAGUGGAGGCUGGGCCCGAUGACUCGGAAGAUCCAGACAACCUUGUCCCAGGAUUGACGAAACCGAAAUUCGGGAGCGAAGCUGGUAACUGGCUUUACCGAACGACGCCGCAAGAUGAACUCGGAAACCGCGAGAUAGUGUAUCCUCGCGGACGAGGCCUGGGAGGUUGCUCGGCAAACAACUUCAUGGCUUGGGUCAAGGGCCCUGCUGCCGACUUUGACGAGUGGUCCGACUUGGUCGACGAUCCGUGGUGGCGAUGGGAAAAUGUCAAGAAUGUCCUCAACGGGCUGGAGGACUUUCGUCCAAGCUGUCCAGAGGGCAUGGAGAGGUAUGCGAGCCCUACGCCUGGAGCACAUGGCAAAGGUGGCCCCAUUGCUGUCCAGUACGGCGCAGUCUGGCAGGAUCUGAUAGACCCGUGCUUGCGAGCAUCCGAACAGGCUGGCCACGUCCUCAAUGCGGACCACAACGACGGAAACCCCAUCGGAUUCGCAGUGGCUCAGUUCAGCGUGAACGACGGUGUUCGUGUGACAAGUGCGAAUGCUUUUUUGAACGCCGGCGAGCGACAACGUCUUCCCAAUCUGACAAUCAUCAACAACGCUCUCUGCUCUCGCGUCGUCUUUGACGACCAAACAGCUGCAGGUGUGGAACUCGUGACGUCCAACCCAGCAGAAUGUUCUGAAUCAUCCCCAGCGCGUCCUGCGUAUGUCGGCGCAAGACGAGAAGUGAUCUUGACUGCAGGCACUUUCCAGUCUGCGCAACUGCUGCUUUUGUCUGGGAUAGGUCCUCGGAGCGAGCUGGAAGCACUGGAAAUACCAACCGUCGUCCACGUACCUCAAGUUGGGCGAAGAAUUCGAGAUCACAGCGCGUUCGCAUGCGAGUACGUCAUAUCUCCUGAGGUAGCAGGACAUAACCAGCUCUUGACCUCCCCAGAGCAGCUCAAGGUCGCGCAGGACGAGUAUACCAAUCACAAGACGGGGCCAAUGGCUGUCUUUGGUGCCAGCGCCGCACUGAUUUUCCCUCGAUUACCACGGAUAUGGUCGUCACCGGAGUACCAAAAUACUGACACGGCCAUCCGAGAAUUCCUGGAAACACCUGCGAGGCCGAGUACUGAGAUCUGGAUGCAUUCUGGGCCUUUGUUCUACACAGGGCCCUGCCCAUCAGAUGCCAGUGUUCUGGUCAUUGAAGGGCUCAAUCAAAAUUGUCUGAGUGAAGGGGAGCUGCGUCUGCGCAGCGGAAAUCCAUAUGACCAGCCCAUGAUCAACCCACGAUAUCUAACGCACCCUCUGGACAGACGUGUCGCUAUCGAGACCGUCAGAGAGAUUCAGUCGCUUGCGCGUACAGAGGCACUCAGCAGCAUCAUCAAAGAGCCACUGCUGGCACCGGGUGGUGACACAGAAGCUGACCUGGAGCACUUCAUCCGAGAAAAUCUGACCCAAGGCUUCCACAGCAUGGGAAGCUGCGUCAUGGGACGGAAAGGCGACUCCGGACACGUGGUCAACAGUCGGUUCGAGGUCGAAGCGAUUCGGGGCUUGAGAGUGGCCGACAUGAGUGUGUGUCCGAUCUUGACGUGUAACCACACCCAGGUCAAUGCUUACCUUAUCGGGACUCGCUGUGCGGGAAUCGUGCUUCAGGAAUCAAAAACAUUCGGCGUUCGGUCGAGACUGUGA